CGUGUAAGAACCAAAAUGAAUUGCUGCUGCUCAAGAAGACUGUCAAUCAAUCAAUACACGUGACCAGCAGCCCGCGGCAGUAAAUCAAGGGCAAUUGUGCCUAAACGCGUGAGUGCGGCUACUGGGUAAGAAGCUUAUUCACUCUAAGCGCUGCUUUCUGCUGCUGCGCGCAUAUUCUCAGUCAAAAAACUCAAUCCUUCCAAUUCAACCUUGUCUCCAUCAACAUCAACCUCACUUUUACAACAAUCAAAUUAUCAUAAUGGCUGACGCAGCUCCUCGUGGUCGUGGUGGAUUCGGUGGUCGUGGUCGCGGUGGUCGUGGCCGUGGACCUCGUCGUGGCGGUCGUAAAGACGAAAAGGAAGAAUGGACCCCAGUCACAUCUGUCGGUCGUUUGGUGAAAGACGGAAAGAUCAAGUCAAUCGAAGAAAUCUACUUGUUCUCCUUGCCAAUCAAAGAAUACCAAGUCAUUGACAUUCUCUUGCCCAAAUUGAAGGAUGAAGUCAUGAAGAUCAUGCCCGUUCAAAAGCAAACCCGUGCAGGUCAACGUACACGUUUCAAGGCUUUCGUUGCCGUCGGUGAUUUCGAUGGACAUGUCGGUUUGGGUGUCAAGUGCGCCAAAGAAGUUGCAACCGCCAUCCGUGCUGCCAUCAACAUUGCCAAAUUGAACUGUGUGCCGAUUAGAAGAGGCUACUGGCAAUCAAAUCUUGGUGAACCCCACACCGUUCCCAUGAAGACCAGUGCCAAAUGUGCUUCCGUCAUGUGUCGUUUGGUUCCCGCUCCCCGUGGUACAGGUAUCGUUGCCGCUCCUGCUGCCAAGAGAAUGUUACAAUUAGCCGGUAUUGAAGACUGUUAUUCACAAGCAAGUGGUCAAACUGCCACCCAAGGAAACUUCAUCCAAGCCACCUACAUUGCAUUGGCAAGGACAUACGCCAUUUUGGAACCAAGUUUGUGGCCCGAAGUUGCACCUUCAGCAACACUUUACGCAGAACAUGCCGCUCAUUUGGCACGCUCUGCCAAGAAAACCAUCGCUUAAGAGUGAUGAUCUCUCUCCCCCUUCUUCGCCCUCUCUGUUUCGCUAUCCCCAUAUCCCCAAUCCCCUCAAAAAUUGUCUCGCGCGAACAUGUACAGUCAAUCAACAACGAUAUACAUAUAUGUCAAGCCAUGAGCCGAAUGAUUGGUACGAGUGUUUAUAGUGUUGAGAUCAAUUGAAUGAUGAGG